AUGUGGAUAUUUGCUUUUCUCUUUUUCCAGAGCAUCUUGAAUGUUUUCAGUGAGGACCUACAUUCCAGUUUAUACUUUGUCAAUGCAUCUGUGCAAGAGGUAGUAUUUGCCAGCACCACAGGGACGUCGGUGGCCUGUCCGGCCAGUGGGGCGCCCCCUGCCUCACUGCGCUGGUACUUGGCCACUGGAGAGGAGAUCUACGAUGUGCCGGGCAUCCGACACGUGCACCCCAACGGAACCCUGCAGAUCUUCAACUUCCUGCCAUCCAGCUUCAGCAAACUGAUCCAUGACAACACGUACUACUGCACCGCAGAGAACCCCAGCGGCAAGAUCCGGAGCCAGGAUGUCCACAUCAAAGCUGUUUCGCGAGAGCCCUACACAGUCCGAGUGGCCGAUCAGAAGGCCAUGAGAGGCAGUGUGGCUGUCUUUAAGUGCAUUAUCCCGUCUUCUGUGGAGGCCUACGUCGUUGUUGUGUCAUGGGAAAAGGACACUGUCUCACUCAACUCAGGGGCGUUCAGGGACCUGCGAGUGAGCACUUGA